CAGGCAGGCGGUUCGUAUCUGCUUGACUCAAAUAAACGACUAUCGUUGUAGAAUAUUAAUACACUAACUAGAUAUCAUAUAUUUUUGUACCGUCAAUCGUUUUUUGAUAAUAUUACGUCGUUUUUAUGACUUAAUCUGCUCUCGAGGGUCUCUAGUGUUUAUCAACGACAAUCAAGUUGGUUCUGAACUGUGUUUUGUGAAAUAUGCCGGCUUCGAGUUUAUUCGCUGAGAUGGAUCGGGGAAGCGCUCUGGGUGAAGAAAGAGCCCUCCAGCUCGCUUUAGAGCUGUCGAUGCUCGGUUUUAGCGAGCCCCUGUCCAACGUGUCGGAACCCGACAGUCCCGGAGACAUUGGCUCGUUCAACCCUCUGGCCAACGUCGGUCUCGAAGAGGUUCGCUCUAAAAAAUCUCAGAAUAUGACCGAAUGUGUUCCUGUUCCCAGUUCUGAACAUGUGGCUGAGAUCGUGGGUAGACAAGGUUGCAAGAUAAAAGCACUCCGUGCCAAGACCAACACUUACAUCAAAACGCCAGUGCGCGGUGAAGAACCAGUCUUCGUGGUCACCGGCCGCAAAGAAGAUGUCGCCAAAGCUAAGCGGGAAAUUCUCUCAGCCGCCGAACACUUCUCCCAAAUCCGGGCUUCGCGUAAGAACAACCUGGCAGGCUUAGGCUCGGGCACCAGCACACCUCCUGGCCCCCCAGCUAAUAUUCCAGGCCAUGUUACCAUCCAAGUUCGAGUGCCAUACCGCGUUGUCGGUCUGGUAGUGGGCCCCAAAGGCGCCACCAUCAAGCGCAUCCAGCACACCACCCACACCUAUAUUGUCACCCCCAGCCGCGACAAGGAACCAGUAUUCGAGGUCACCGGUUUGCCCGAGAGUGUGGAAACUGCGCGAAGAGAAAUCGAGGCACACAUCGCCAUGCGCACAGGCAAUGGAACAUCCAUCAAUGGUCUCCCCGGUCUUGGGGGGCUAGACGAAAAUGAAUUGUUCGCUUCGCUGUACAAAUCGGGUUUGAGCUCCAUUCUGAACUAUAUCGAGCCAGCCAGCGAUCCCUUUCCGAUCACCUCUUCUACAGGAAGCAGCGGGGCCUUCAGCAGCUCGGGGUCCAGCUCUAGCUCCAGCAGUUCGUCCAGUAGCGGAGGAAGGGACUUGGGAGCCAUCUGGAGCUCGAACGAUAGAGACGAGGGUCUUGGCGACUCGCCAAGCUUCGACACCUCCACUGCCCUCUCCAGCAUCUGGUCGUAUCCAACCAUGUCUGCCCCAUCGAGACCAUCCCCCGCCAACAGCACUAGCCCGGUGGACUCGCUACUGAGCUCGACCACCAAGUGCUUGGUCUGCACCGACGCCAAGGUAACGCACGCUCUGGUGCCUUGCGGCCACAACUUCUUCUGCGUAGACUGCGCGACCAGGGUAUGCGAAGGUAGCGAUGCGCAGUGUCCCGUCUGCACUAUGCCCGCUAUCCAGGCUAUCCGCAUCUACUCGCCCAACCCUUAAGUUUCUUUCGACGAAGGUCGAUCUCGCUCGAAUUCUAUACCGCAUUCCCGGGCACACGCCCCGUGUUCAGUUUCAGGUCAGGUUAUGCUCUCAGCUUCAUUUCCGGACACAUACAACGAAAAUUGAAUUGAAUUUGCCUGGUUUUUGAAUUUUUGGUUUGGACUUGGUGGGGUUGACUGAUCGCAUUGGGGAUUUCAGAUUGAACAAAGCGUCUGAAUAAGUUUCGAGAAGGUUUAUUUCAUUGCUUGCUGUUGUUUCCUCCCACUCUGAGUAGCUGAUAGAAUUAGUUCCUUCAAAACUGCACCUGGAGGUGAUUCAGUUACUGAAGGACUUUCAUUUAAAUUAGGAUACACAACUAAUUAUUGCUAAAAUUUUCAGAUAAACCAUAAAGACUUGCUUGCGCAAAAUCUCACUAUGAGUGUGAAAGGGGUUACUGUAUGCUUGCCCUUUUCUCUCAGAGUGCUUUUCUAAUAAACUUGGUCUACUUUCGAAUAGUAGCAAAAUAUCCACAUAAACCAGAAAUACUUGCUGGUGCAGAAUCUCAGAGCUAGGAUUAAAAGUAGUAAUAUUCUUAUUGAGAUGAUUCUAGAACUUCGAUGGCGAUCUAUCCGCCCCAACAAAGUCGUGUCCUAUUUUAGUUUUUUUGAAUUUGGUUUUGCUAUCGGUGUGAAGCAGAGAGCACGAUCUACUUGAAGCGUAGUCAUCAUUAUGCCAGUUCAAUUUUCUUUAUAUAUCACGUUUUUAUAGUAUUAGAGUCAUUGGUUUAUUUUGUAUUUUUACAUCUAGCGUGGUACCCAUUACAUAAAAGACAUGACGCGACACUAUUUCGUAAUAAUAAUGUAAAUUUUUAUACUGUCGAUAAGUGUUUCGUUAUUUUUUUAAAUAUAUUUUUUUAAGUUUCGCCAUGUGAAGAGUCACAUUAUUGAAGUCUGAAACAGCAAUUCUCAAAAUAUUAUUUAAGUAAUAUAAUAAUUGAAAAAAUUUAAAAAUAAUAUAUGAACGAAAAAUAUAGCAAAAACACAAAAAAAUAUAUAUUGAUAACUGAAGUGAGAAUUAGAUUGAUAGUUGAAAGAAAAGGGUUGAUUGGUUGUGCGGUGAGAGCAGUGCAGAAAAGCAAAAGGCUACGGGGUAGUCACAAAAUAACUCAACAUGAAGUGGCAAACCAACAGUUAUCGCGACGCCAUUUUAAAAAACAGGAUCAGCAUUUGGUUUUGAAAAGUGACAGAAUAUUAAAAUGGCAUUUUUGAAAAUAUUAUAUGAAAAAUUUAAUAACAUCGGCGACAGAAAUAUUUCAAUCAGAACUGAAAAAUAUUACUGAAACAAACUAUUUGAGUGUACUGACCAGAUCAGUUUUGAAUAGUAUUAAUGCUUACAGUAUUAGAUCCUACAUACUGCGCUAAAAUACAUCUAUUGAAAAAAAUCAAUGACUAUUGAUAUUUGAGUCACUAAACUCAAUAUUGUCAGACGUGAUUUCGUGAUUCGACUACGAUUUCUACCUGCCACUGUCAUCAGGAUUCCUUGUGAUUCUCACAUUCUUUGACUAACCGUUUUUCUGAAAUGGCGUCUUGGUAAAUGUUCAGGAUGGCGUAUGCAGGGUUGAGACUCCCUUGUAGCCCCCAACACUAUGUCGGGCAGGUUUUGGGGGUCUAUCGGCUGUGAUCUAUGCCAAGCUACCAGUGGCGGCGCGGACCCGUGGGCGUGCCCCCCCUAAUAACGAAAUACAUAUCCCUUAUUGUUAGUUGAUCACUCAUUGUUGCAAUUGUUCUGUUAUGUCAUAUAACGUGACACAUAUAAUUCUAUAUUUCUUAUAGCAUAUAAGUUGUGAGAGAUUUUAUGAUAUAAAUAUAAAUUAUUUAUCGUGGCGCCUAACGUCCGUGCCGCCCAGAUAGUCCCUUUCACUAAACUUUUAGAAUGAUCGAUUAAAUCGAGAAGGCGAGGAAUCGGGAUACGUUACUAGCUUAUUUUUAUACAAACACGUGGUUACUUUGAUUGAAAACUAUGACUGGUUCAUAUUGAAUGCAAAAUUCCACUCUCAAAAGUACGCACGUAAUAAUUUCUGUCAAGGCUCGAUUGGAAUCUCGUUUUUUUGGCGCCGAUUUUGUUCAUAUUGAAUAGAAUAUUGAAAAGUCACCAAAAAGGCGCGAAGAUUAUUCAUAUUGAAUAGAAAAAUGUAUUCUCACUCAUCCCAUUAUU